CUAAACUUAAAAAAUAACUUGUAUUUAGCUGCUGAUUGCCGUCUUCCAUUAGAAUGCGCUGUAAAUACAUCAAACAAUGAAAGAAAACAGCACAACAAACACAAAACCUCUUUUCGUUAACUACUGCUAAAUUUUUGGCAGGAGACGUGAAAGUAAAACAUACUAUCUCUAAUUCACUAAAAAAUAUAAAGGACACUUUGUCCAGACAGAAGCAAGUGACACACUCUGCAUCCUCACCUCACCAGGAUACUGAAGCUCCUGGGGAAGCAAAGCAAAAUUUCCUAAGAACAAUAUGGAUGGAGCGGGGAAAACCUAUUGUGGCUGUGAAGGCCCUGAUGCCAUGUAUAUCAAAUUGGUAUCAUCUGAUGACCAUGAAUUUACUGUAAAAAGAGAACAUUCAUUAAUAUCAGGCAUGAUAAAAGUCAUAUUGAGUGGUCCAGGUCAAUUUGCUGAGAAUGAAACCAAUGAGGUCAAUUUUGGAGAGAGAUUUUCAUAUGUGCUAUCAAAAGUAUGCAUUUAUUUUACAUACAAGGUUCAUUACACUAACAGCUCCACUGAGAUUACCAAAUUCCCAACUGCACCUGAAAUUGCACUAGAACUACUGAUGGCUGCAAACUUCCAUGAUUGUUAA